GCCGCUGCCCGCACCGCGACUGACCCCCCGACGACUCCCCGGCGCUGUUUGCGCGUCCACCACGCGCCCCGAAUCUUUCUCCGCCGCCUCAGCGCACGUCAGAGGUCAGGCUCGUUGGAAAACGAGCUUGGCGACGACGGCGCACGCAGAUGUGGCUUACUAGAGUGCUCUCGUCGACCACCUUCCUGGGCGCCAUAAUAUUCACCAUCCCCUUGGCCUUCGACAUCGGCGGCCGCACAUGUGGACUGGCAUUCUCGCUGGGCCUCAGCACAUACUACUUCCUCUACUCGGUCUUAAGACUAGCCACGCCCGAUCAAUCACGCUUCCGAUGGGCGCUCUGCAACAUGGCGGCGUGGGCCCAGUGGCUGGCAAUACCGACGCUGCUCAUCUGGAGUCUGAACAAGUUUUCCAUCGACGCGACCAACAAUGCACGCUGGGCUGAGCGGACCUUCGCCGGGAAGAGAUCCGACUACAAGACCGUCAGCGAGUGGAUAUUCGGGAGCCAAGGCCUGAUACAGAGUGCCUCGAUCAGCGCGUGGGACAACGGCCUGAGGUACAGCACCCCUGUAUUCCAGAUGGCAGAGGGCUUCUGCAGCUUGUUGGUAAUCCAGGCCGCUGGACAAAUCACCAGAUGGGUGGUGAACAGGGAGCGUGGAGACGCGUGGAUGAUUGGCCUCCUGAUCAGCUCUGCCUCCAUCAUCUCCACGUCUGUCUACUUCCUAUGGCGCAUUACUACCUUCCCCGAGAUCAGCAACGUAGACGCCAUCCUCAUCGGUGUAGCUAUUACUACCGCCAUAUUCCUUGGUGGAUGGGGCAUUGUCAGUGCUAGAGGCAACCCAGUCGAAUCGUCUUUGCUUUUCGCCUACGUGACCCUCUGCAUCUAUCAGAUCUUCACCGACUACCAGCCCUCGCCUGGUUCCAAAGCCGCAGCAAAUGCCCCUCAAGACCCCGCUCUACCGCCAUUACCUCCCAUCAUCAUGGCAUCCUACACGACUCUUCUCCACGCCAUGGGCUCCCUUCCCACAAUCAUUCACACCGGCUUCAACCUCAUGGUCGGUGCCAUAAUGACCAUCACGCCUUCUGUUAUCAUCUCCCUCGCCUACCGUGUCUUCGUCAUGUAUGCUGCAGCGCGCAUCAUCCCCGCUGUCCGAGAAUCUGGCGCACGAGCUCUGUCUCAAGAGCCCAGUCUGGAUGACGAAGACGAAACGAGCAAGAUCCUUGGAUUUCUGACAUGGUUCAGCCCCAGUAUUAUCAUUGCCGUGUACACCAGUCUUCUGAUGCAGCACUUCGCCAGCGGCAACGGCGCUGAUGGAAGCGCCGUGACUGGCGAGUGGUGGACGAACCAAGGCGGCGAUGUAGGUGGGAAUACUUGGAGAUGGAUCAAUCUUGCCAUUACAAUGGGCUUGUAUGCCAUUGAGCUCAAGAUUUCGCAUGCCGACGACGAUGGCAGGUUGACGAGUCACUGGAAGACAGAUUAA